UACAUUAGCAGGAUGUAAGGUGAAGGGGAAGCAAGCUUGUAAUGUUUGUGGGAAGGAUACACCUCACAGAUGGUUAAAGUUCAGUCGCAAGCAUGUUUAUAUGAGAAACAGAAGGCGUUUGAGGCCUGAUCAUCCUUACAGGCGUAGGAAAGUGUGGUUUGACAAUACAGUUGAGCUUGGUACUGCUAAUAGGAUUCAAAGUGGAGCAGAAAUCUAUGAGUGCCUUAGAGAUUUUAGGAAUGAAUUUGGUAGACCUUUAGAAAAGAAAGGCAAGAGAAAGAGGAUGGAAGCAGAUGAUGAUGAUGAUGAUGUGAUUGCAGCUCAAGAGUAUGAAGAAGAUGAUGAUCAAUGGCGGUGGAAAAAAAUGUCAAUCUUCUUUCAGUUGGCUUACUGGAAGGAUUUGCCUGUAAGGCAUAAUAUUGAUGUAAUGCACGUGGAAAAAAAUGUUUCUGAUGCACUACUAUCAAUUCUGAUGCAUAAUGGAAAAUCCAAGGAUGGUUUAAAAGCAAGACAAGACUUAGAGGACAUUGGUAUUCGUAGCAACUUACACACACAGAAGCGUGGGAAGAGAACUUACUUGCCUCCAGCUGCGUAUUGGCUUUCUAAGGAGGAAAAAAGAAAAUUCUGCAGAAGAUUAUCCAAAUUCAGAGGACCAGAUGGAUAUUGUGCCAACAUAUCCAAUUGUGUGUCAGUAGAUCCUCCCAACAUUGGUAGUAUGAAGUCACAUGACCACCAUGUUAUGCUGCAAAAUUUGUUUCCUGUGGCAUUGAGAGGUUUGCUGCCUAGAGGACCUCGUAUUGCAGUAAAUCGUAUCUGCAAUUUCUUCAAUAGAUUGUGCCAACGUGUAAUUGAUCCAGAGAAGCUUGUUACAUUAGAAUCAGAGGUUAUAGAAACAAUGUGCCAGUUGGAGAGAUACUUUCCACCAUCACUUUUUGACAUUAUGUUUCACAUGCCAAUACAUCUAGCAAGAGAAGCACGCUUGGGUGGCCCUGUACACUUCAGAUGGAUGUAUCCAUUUGAGAGGUAAUGUUAAUGGUCUU